AACCCGACGAGCUUUAGGACCUCGGGUAGCGAUUCCAGCUGGCAGGAAGGGGAGAAUUUAGCGCGAACUCUUGGAAAUGGCGAGUAACCGUGUGAAAAAUAAAGUAUCCUCAGCUUUCAAAAUGCGGGGACUCAUUCUAAGACCCGAGGCCAGUAAGUACCUUACAGAAGUGCUGUCCUCUGUCAAUGAGCUGGACUUCGAAGAUGUUAUUGAGCGUCUUCUUGACGCUGUGGAAAAGCAGCCAUUGUCCUCUAAUAUGAUUGAACUUCCAUUAGUUGAAUUAGCUGUCCAGGAAUGUAGCCAGUCCAGCACUGAAACCAUAGACCAUGUUUUUAACAUCAUUGGAGCAUUUGAUGUUCCUCGCUACAUUUACAGUUCAGAAAGGAAGAAGUUUAUACCCCUGUGCAUGAGCAGUCAUCAGGGUCCAACACUGUGUGGCAGUGCAAAGGAUAAAGCUGAUCUGUUUCGGGAACGGUACACAAUUCUGCAGCAACGAACACAUAGACAUGAGCUGUUCACUCCAUCAGUAAUUGGCUCAGAUCCCAGUGAAGGCAGGAGCAAAUUCCAGUUAAAAACUGUAGAAGCUUUGCUGGGAAGCACAGCAAAGCUGGGAGAAAUCAUUGUUCUUGGAAUGAUAACACAAUUAAAAGAGGGGAAGUUCUACUUAGAAGAUCCAACUGGAUGCGUUCAGCUGAAUAUUAGCAAAGCACAGUUUCAUAGUGGGCUGUAUACGGAAGCUUGUUUUGUUUUAGCAGAAGGCUCAUAUGAGGAUGGCGUUUUUCAUGUAAAUGCCUUUGGAUUUCCUCCCACAGAACCUUCAAAUGCAACCAGGGCCUAUUAUGGGGACAUUAAUUUCUUUGGUGGUCCUUCAUCAACAUCCGUUAAAGCAUCAGCAAGGCUAAAACAGUUGGAGGAUGAGAAUGAAGAUGCCAUGUUUGUUUUUGUUUCUGAUGUGUGGCUGGACAGUGUUGAAGUGCUUGAGAAGAUUCACACCAUGUUUGCUGGUUACUCUGCAAUGCCUCCAACUUGUUUCAUUUUCUGUGGAAACUUCUCUUCGGCUCCUUAUGGGAAAAAUCAUAUAAAAUCACUGAAAGAUUCCCUGAAAGCCCUAGCAGACAUGAUUUGUGAAUAUCCUGACAUUCAUAAGAGCAGUCGAUUUGUGUUUGUACCUGGUCCUGAAGACCCUGGUCCCAGUACAAUCCUACCCAGGCCACCUCUUGCUGAGUACAUUACUGAAGAGUUCAGACAGAAAGUCCCAUUUUCAGUAUUCACUACAAAUCCUUGCAGAAUUCAGUACUGUACACAAGAAAUUGUUGUCUUUCGAGAGGACAUGGUGAACAAAAUGUGCCGAAACUGUGUUCGUUUUCCGAGCAGUAGUUUUGAUAUUCCCAAUCAUUUUAUAAAGACUAUUUUAUCUCAAGGGCACCUCACACCCCUCCCACUUUAUGUCAGUCCUGCGUACUGGGCCUAUGACUAUGCCUUGCGGGUGUAUCCGGUGCCAGAUGUUAUUGUGUUCGCAGACAAGUAUGAUCCAUUCAACAUAGUGAAUACUGACUGCCUCUGUGUUAACCCUGGUUCUUUUCCAAGAAGCGGCUUUACAUUCAAGGUUUAUUACCCAUCCAGUAGAAAUGUUGAGGACAGCAAACUCCAAGGACUUUAAUGAAAAGAACUUCAUCUGCUGUCUUCAUAUUAUCUUGUGUAUUUAUUAUAUUAAUUGUUUUACACAAUGUUUUUGUAUAAAGAAAAUGUGAUACA